UUUGGCCACAUGUGCAUGCCUCCACUACCUAGCACGUUGGCAACGCGGAACAUUCGACAACACCUUAGACCCGACUUAUUAUAACUGCAUCUCCUACCCGCCCUACCUUACCCGACCUGACCUUAGCUUGUCCGUUGUUACCUUGUCCCAGAGCCAGAGGUAUCCGUACUCAAAAGUCUCGACCCGACAUAUUCGUAUACAAAGAGUCAAGAAGCCAACUCUGGCCCCCAACACACGACACUCUUUCUUGUACUCCCGCUUCCCUAGCCGAACCCUACGCACACGGCCUCAUCGGCGCAUCCUGCAACAUCAAUCCCAUCUUGACACUCUUUACUUGUCGUGGCCGGACCAGGCACACCCCAGAUCAUCCUAACCACGGCCACCCCCGGACGUAGCAGGGAAACAGGCCCAGUGAGACUCGCAACUGCGCCGGUUCUCAAACACCACCCGCGUGGCUUGGAAGUCUUCCAUCCAUGCGCUCGCCUGCUAUUCUUCUACCACGUCGUCUACCGCUCUCACUCCCCUCACAACAACCUGCUUCCACUCACGCCUCGGGCCACGCUUAGAACCGUCUUGCUUGCUCAGCUACCUUACUCGGUGCUCUUCCCGCUCAAUACGAAUACUUCACAACCCAAUUGGCAUCCUUAGAAACGCGAGACCGAUUUGACAUAUUCAACUGUCCGUCUCCCAUCCAUACCUUCGGUUCUCAUUUGGUCCCGCCAUUGGCCUCUCACCGUCUCUUGCCACAUACUACGCCCUUCUAUCAUCUCAACACGAACACGCGCUCCCGGACCCGGCUUGUCCCCGGCACUUGGUUCCAAACGCCCACAUCAAGUCGCCCACCGGCUGAUUAUCCCCUCUAGCUUAGAGAGUCAUCACCCUCCGCCCACCAAAAGACACCGCCUCGCCUGUCUGCGAGUUUCAUGUCGCAGCAAUUUUUGGUCCAGACAUCAACAGUCGAUCUUUCACGCUCACCCUGAUCGCCCGUCAGCGUGAUCAUCAUACGCUGAAUCACCCUUGAAUAAUCCUACGAUUAAAGUAACCGGACGAACGUUGCGGUUAUUGUAACACGAAUCAUCUCCGAGAAGCAGUGUCUUAUAGUCACUGGGUAGUCUUCCUACCUACUCAACGCUGCCACAUAGUUGCAAACACCAACACAACUAUCUCACUACAGUACCUCGGAACAAAACGUCAUCAUGGUCUACUGCGGAAAGCCCUCUAGGGGCUGUCAGAUGUGUCGUACUCGAAGGAUAAAGUGCGACGAGACGAAGCCAACAUGUAACCAAUGCGCCAAGUCCCGCCGUCAGUGUCCCGGCUACAAGGACGAGUUCGAUCUUGUCUUCCGGAAUGAGACCAAAGCAACAGAGAGGAGAGCGCAAAAGGCGAACCGAAAGGCCCUCGCCCAGAAAGAAAAGGAUCUCGACUCGCCGACAUCAGGCUCAGACAAGAGUAUCUCACCAACAUUCAAGAAGGAGAUUGAUUCGCCCGCAGCCGUCAGCCCUGGUCUGAAUGUCCCCGUCGAACAAAUGGCUAGCUGCCACUUCGUCGCCAACUACGUCUUGCUACCGAGGCAGGGUAGCACACGCGGGUUCAUGGAGUACCUUCUGCCGCUGUUGAAGGUCGACCAAGGGAACCACCACCUGCAACAUGCAUUCAACGCGUGUGCGCUGGCAUCACUAGGAAACCGACCGAACGCUGCGGCGACACAACUGAGCGAGAAAGCUCUUGGUCACUACACCAAGGCACUCGCAGAGACACACAUCGCGCUUAAGGAUCCCGACCAGUCGAAAUCAGACGCCACGCUCGCUUCCGUUCUUAUGUUGGGUCUUUUCGAAAACAUGACUGCUCGACAGAUGGGCAUGUUUGCCUGGGGCUCACAUAUUGAAGGUGCCAUUCAAUUAGUCAAGGCUCGUGGUCGCAAGCAACUCAGAACCAAAACGGGCCUCCUUCUCUUCAUCGCCGUCCGGACGCAGAUGAUCAUCCACACGCUCAGCACGGGCACAGCACCAAUCAUGGGCGUGGAAUGGUGGCUUAGCGAUGCCGUCAAGGACGAGUCAGCCGCCCAGUGCCAGAGACUAAACAUCAAGACGGCUGAGCUGCGUGCCGAGGUCACAAGAUUGAUGUCAACGGUGGCUCGAAGCCCAGAGAACAUCGACAUUAUGCUCGACAUGAUACGCCGGGCUCAGACUGUCGACCAAGAACUCAUGAGCUGGAUGAGAAACACGCCGGAUUACUUCCAGUACACGACGGUAGCGUGGGAGGACAACGUCCCCAACGGAGACUAUGCAAAGGCGGAAGUGUUCCCUGGUCGUGUGGAUGUCUAUCAAGACUUCUGGAUCGCGAGUGUAUGGAACAUGGCAAGAGUCUCUCGCCUCAUUCUCGCGUCCGUCAUUGUACGCUGUGCGGCUUGGGUCUGCUCACCAGUGGACUACCGCACAACACCCGAAUACGCCACGGCGGCACGCACGUGUGUAGACACCAUCAGCGAUAUCAUCGCCUCAGUACCGUACCAUCUCGGAUGGCAUCUCAAGAGGCCCGAAUUGCUCGAACGGGCAAACAUCUCAGGCUUUGCCUGUGGUUUGGAGGAAUCACAAAAGGGUCUUCCCGGAUACUUCCUCACCUGGCCUCUGGCGUGCUUGCAUGGGCAGGACUACACGACAGACGCCCAACGAGCCUGGGUGGUUGGACGGUUGAAGUUUAUUGGUGAUGAGCUCGGUGUCAAGUACGCCCAUAUUCUGUCACAGAUGCAAGUUCGCAUUCCCUCCAUGCUCAUCAGGAGAGAUGGCCUCAUGGCCCAGCCGUACCCGCAGGCUCACAACUUUGAGAAGCUGCUCUCGGCGCGCUUUGCGCCGCCGUCCGCGGGCUAUUCCAUGAACCCUCUGCAGCAGCGCGAGGCUAUGCAAAAGGAGUUUGUCGAAAAGCACAAGGCCGAGCUGCUCGCGAAAGCCACAGGCACCGCAGGCCAGGCCGGCCAGUGGGUAGCGCAAAAUUGGUUGACGGUGCGUCCAGGCGCUCAGUGAGUUCUUUGUUGAAGUCCUGGGUCGCGAAUGAGGUUAGAAACGAGUUUACGCUUUUAUCUAUAACCAUCAUCUUCCUGGCAUCUCCUACCUGAGGAUACAAACACGCACAAACUUGUGUAUUCUUUGUCUAUGAGGUACCAGGAGAGAUUCGUUUGGGAUAUGCGGAGCGGAAAAAAUGCGGAUUUGAUGUUGCGCAUCACUUGGUAGUGACGAUGGAGAAGCACAAAAAUAGGGUCGCAGGUCGCUCAGCUUCGUAACCGUGUAAAAGGCAGCAGAGCAUGGGUCUCGGCCUGGAGAAAGGGAUUUUGAUACCACGGCGUUUUCCCGGAAGGAAGACAUUUGUUGUUGUUUUCAGUUGGCUUUGGCUUCAAAGUUGAUAUCUCAUGCAUCAUGCAGUACUACGUAUACACGCAC